AAACGGAGGCUGGAAGCGCCGGAGGAGCCUCUCUUCGUGUGCAGCGAUGUUGGCGAGCGGGGUUGCGCGGGGGGAGCCUCGAAAGAAAGAAUACAUCAAGGCUGAGGGAGAACCAUCUGAAGUAUCACUGGAAAAAGCUGAGGAGCAAGUGCAGGAGCAGAAACUGAGGAGUCAAGAUGGAGCAAAGAGACAAGAGGAGAGACAGACUCACACAGGGGACAAGCCUUAUAAAUGCUUGGAGUGUGGAAAGAGCUUCAGAAUGAGUGGCUACCUUACAUCACAUCAAAGAACUCAUACAGAAGACAAACCUUAUAAAUGCUUGGAGUGUGGAAAGAGCUUCAGGUGGAGUAGCAACCUUACUUCGCAUCACAGAACUCAUACAGGGGACAAACCUUAUACAUGCUUGGAGUGUGGAAAGAGCUUCAGGUGGAGUUGCCAGCUUAUUAUACAUGAGACAACUCACACAGGGGACAAACCUUAUAAAUGCUUGGAAUGUGGAAAGACCUUCAGUCGGAUUAGCACCCUUACUUUGCAUCAAAGAACUCACACAGGAGACAAACCUUAUACAUGCUUUGAAUGUGGAAAGAGCUUCAAGUGCAGUGGUGCCCUUACGGUUCAUCAAAGAACUCACACAGGGGACAAACCUUAUAAAUGCUUUGAGUGUGGAAAGAGCUUCAGUCACAGUAGCACCCUUACUUCGCAUCAAAGAUGUCACACAGGAGACAAACCUUAUAAAUGCUUAGAGUGUGGAAAGACCUUCAAUCAGAGUAGCACCCUUACUUCGCAUCAAAGACGUCACACAGGGGACAGACCUUUUCAAUGCUUUGAGUGUGGAAAGUGCUUCAGUGAGAGAUAUGACAUUACAGUGCAUCAAAGAACUCACACAGGGGACAAACCUUAUAAAUGCUUGGAGUGUGGAAAGAACUUCAGUCGGAGUAGCCACUUUACUUCGCAUCAAAGACGUCACACAGGGGACAGGCAUCAAUGCUUGGAGUGUGGAAAGAGCUUCAGUGAGAGAUACAACCUUACAGUGCAUCAAAGAAUUCACACAGGGGAGAAACCUUAUAAAUGCUUGGAGUGUGGAAAGAGCUUCAGUCGGGGUAGCCACCUUAUUUCACAUCAAAGAACUCACACAGGAGUCAAACCUUAUAAAUGCUUGGAGUGUGGAAAGAGCUUCAGUGAGAGAUGCUCCCUUAUGGUGCAUGAAAGAACUCACACAGGGGACAGACCAGUGCUGUAAACUGUCCAGACAGCUUCGGCUACUGGGGCGGCAUAUAAAUAAAUAAAUAAAUAAAUUGGGUGGUAGAUAAAUAAAUAAAUAAACAAACAAACCUUAAGAACAUAAGAAGAGCCUGCUGGUUCAGGCCAGUGGCCCAUCUAGUCCAGCAUCCUGUUCUCACAGUGGCCAACCAAGUGCCUGGGGGAAGCCCGCAAGCAGGCUUAUCAAUGCUUGGAGUGUGGAAAGAGCUUCAGACAAAGUAGCCACCUUACUUCGCAUCAAAGAUGUCACACGGGACAAACCUCAUACAUGCUUGUAGUGUUGAAAAAUGUUUCAUCAGAAUGGCUACCUUCAGUCACAUCAAAGGAUCCGUACAAGGGAAGGGAUGUAUAAAUGCUUUGAAUGUGGAAAAAGCUUUAAGCAGAGUUCAACUCUUUCUGUGCAUCAAGGGAUCCAUAUGGGGAAGCCGGGCUACCAACAGGAUUUUUAUGGGUAGUUUCAGACCCCUGACAAUCUUCUUCUCUUAGCUUAACCACAGACUGUUCCACUUCCCUUCACCUGCUAGUUUGGUGGCCUAUCAGUUUUUCCUUUGUAGAGACAGAGAGGAUUUUGCUUUUCCAGAGAUGGGUGAGCAUCCAAGAUGGAUGCUGAGGCCAAGGUGGCUGCAGAAGCCAAAAUAGCCUCUCAGUUGUCCAGUUUCCCCCCAUCAUAUCCCCCCUCUGGCAGUUUCUAGCUGCCAAAUUCAGUAUUCAAUUAAUGGCAUUUCAUGUAUUUGUUUAUCUACUUCUGCUAGAUCCUCCCCCUCUGUCCUUUUUACCUCCAUGUGUGUCAUUCGAACAUCAGUUUUUGUGAUGGGCUUAGUAAUCUUUGUCACACAGCGUCUAAUACAAUGUAACACCAACUGGACUAUUACAUAUAUGUGCACGAGCAAGCAUAAUCCCAUUAUAAUAUAUUUUAGCAGAGAUGGGAGUCAAGAUGGCCGGGUCAGUUGCAGGUCACUGUUGUUGUGCUCUGGUACUUAUCUCUUGAAACUCCUUUAGCAGCUGUUUUUCUUCUUCUAUUUUAACUCCAAUUUUAAUUUUAACUUCUUCACUUUCAUCUGAAGCAGCCAGAGUGUGGGAGAGAUUUGUUUUUGCCUCAGCUUUUGACUGUCUGUUCUUGCUUUGUGCUCGACAUGAAGAUUAGUCCUCGCAGUCUACUCCGGCUGGUGAGAGGUUUGACUUUGGGACAAUACAAGAGCCUAGCUUUACUAGGCCAUCAACAGAGCUAGCCUCAGAUUGGCUAUAGCAGAACACAUGCCAACCACAAAGGACCUACAACAGAUGGUUGUGGCUGAACCACAAGACAAACCUGAGGCUGAGCUCAUUGACCACUAUAUGCAGAGACAGAUCCUCAAGUUUGAUGGUAACAUCCCAAACUUGAGACACAAAUCUACCUCUGCUCAAACAGAAGCAACAGCACCAAAUCUGAGACACAAAUCCACCUCCGCUCAGACAGAAGCAACAGCACCAAACCUGAGACACAAAUCCACCUCCGCUCAGAUGGAAGCAACAGCACCAAACCUGAGACACAAAUCCACCUCCGCUCAGA